UUCCGUUAUGGUCUCCAUUUCUGUUCACACCCAGAAUUGAGAUCACAUGCAUUUGGAAAAUCACCAUUUACCUAGAGAAGUUGGCGGAUAUCAGCAGAACCUGGACUGGCAGCAAGACCUUGCCGACGCUCCCGCUGGAGAGGAGGAGACAUCAAGGCCAACGUCUGUUGAGCUGCUUUCUGAACAUCAACUUCAUUCUUCUUUUGUUUCAGCUGUAGCUGGGUGAGAUCAAUUACUGCAGGUGACAAACACAAGGAGACAGAAACACAGAGGCAGAGGAAAAAAGAGGAUAACAUCCCUUGGCAGCGACAGCGUUUCCAGCCCUGCAGUCCACAGCAGGGAGGAGCGUUCCUGCAGCGAUGAAGACAUGCGGCACAGCGGCGAGCAGCACGCUUGCCAUCUUCUUGGUUCUGCACCUGGGUCUGAUCCCCAUUAUGGGUGAGAAAAAUGAAAUACAGAUUGGGGUCACAGGCCAGAGCGUGAUCCUGAACUGCAAAGGGGUACCUCGUGACCCAGGUGUGACCUGGAAGUACUCUAAAUCUGUCAUAAGGAUGUGGAGAGGUAGCUCUUUGAAAGGCAAAGCUACCAUGAGCGAUCGAUCUGAAAUCAUCAAUAAUAAAGAUCUGAAGGUGUUGAACUUGAAGCUCUCCGAUGCCGGCAACUACACCUGUGACUAUGGCUCUCAACCAGUCAGUAUCAUCUCACUGCAUGUCUUUGAAUUGACAGUUCCUUCAGGUGGGCACUUUCUGCCAAAUGAUGCCCCCGAGCUGAUUUUAACGCAAAAUCCAUCCCAUCCCCUACCCGAUCUCGACAUCGCAUUGUUUAACAGUAACAAUAGGACAGUAAGACCAAAACACUUUGAAAAAAAGACCCGUGAAAAAUACAUACUGACGUUAGAGGAACUAAAAGCUACGGACAAUGGGACCUGGAGGUGUCGCGUCCAUUCUCCAUCAAUUAAUGAUAACAUCACCUUUGAUGUGAAGGUAUUAGGUUUUCAGAAUCCAGAUUCUGAAAGAAAGUAUGCAACUGUUGAUAGCACUGUCAUCUUGUCAUGGCGUCUGAACUUCCAGAAGAUAAAAUGGAAAGAAGGUUUCACAGGACACCUGAAAUGGACACAACAGGAAAAUGCAGACCCUAUUGAGCUACUUGAUUUCAAUGUCACAGCACGGGGAGAGAAGCAUGAGACCCAAAAACGCAGCCACUUUCGUUUUGAGAUACCUGAAAGGAAAGCUGAAAGCAACAUAGAAGUGAAACUGCCCAAAGUCAGCUUUGACCAUUCUGGGCAGUACCAGUGCCAGCUGGCGUACGACAAAAGACACACACAGAGCAAGAUAGAGCUGGUGGUGAUGAAAGUCUCAGCUAACCCUGCUGGGCCACUCCCCAGAGGGGCCAAGAUGACUCUGAUCUGCCAGGUCUCUAGUCCACUCCCACCCAACGCCCACUUGCUCUGGGAACGUGUGAACGGGACGCAGGCAGACGUCAAGAAGUCAAAGCAGAACGAAGCAAAAGUGGAGGUGAACGUGAGCGCUGCAGGUCUGUGGAGCUGUCGCCUCGUAGAAGACGAGGAAGUGAAGAUCAGCCUUAAUUACUCCGUGGAGGAGGCUCCUGUUUGGAUGAGCUACGUGGUUAUCGGAACAAGUAUUGCAGGCAGCGUGCUGGUGUUUGGUCUAGCGUGCCUGGCCAUCAUCAGUGGCAUAAGCUGGCAGCGGAGAAGGCAACGGGCAAAAAGGAUGAUACAAGCAAGACAAUACUUGCUGGAAAACAAGACGUGCCAGUGUCAACACCGGCUGAAAAAGUAGUAUUGAAGCACUGAAGUCAGAAGGACUGAUGAAGUCUCUGCCUGUACCUCAACACCUGCCAGCCCAUAAUGCUCUGUGAAUCCAUCUCCCUGCCUCCUGUUCUGGUGUAAUUCUUUAUUCCUUCAUCAUUCCCCCAGUCUACUGCUGUGGAGGGAUGCUGUCUGGCUAGGAGCCGAUGGACAAGACAAGAAACCCUUAAGGGUGAAGAUUGACCCUCAAGUCUGUAAUGAGAGAUACUGAAUAGAAUAUAUAUAAACACAUAGAAUAUAUAUAAACACAAACUAUAUAUAUAUAUCUCACAUAUAUGCUUGUAUUUUGCUCAUGCACUUGAUUUGACUUUCCUGUGGAACCA